AUGGAGUGCAUUACCUCAUGGCUCCGCGAGGUUCCUGUCAACACAAUCGUCAAUUCUCCGCUACUCGACGUCAUCUUCAACGCUGUGGGCAAUGAGCAAGCAUUCCAAGAAGCAGCAGAGUGCUUGUGUACUAUCUUUAGAGAAACUCGGGAUGUCGACGAUAACCUCGAUACCAUCCAAAUCCUUCUUCCCCGCGUCAAUGCGCUGCGACCCAGGAUUGAAGCAGUUGUCAAUGAUGAGGAUACGGAAGUUUACAAGGCCCUGACCAAAAUAUUUGCCCUGGCUGCUGAGGCGUGGGUCGUGGCUAUUGCCCGCGAGCCUGGGCACUUUCGAUCGCUUGUUGAUGCAGUUUUGGAGUGUGCUGCCAGGGACAAGGACCGUGAUGUCAUUGAGCACACUUUCCAGUUCUGGUACGAGCUCAAGCAAUAUCUGGUGCUGGAACGGUAUAUUCAGGCUAGACUGGAGCUGGCGGAUGUCUAUUCCAAGCUUGUAGAUAUCCUUCUCAAGCAUCUGGAAUAUCCUCAGUCGGAGUCAGCCAACGAAACUGAUUUGUUUGACGGUGAUCGGGAGCAAGAAGAAAAGUUCCGUGAAUUCCGACACCAGAUGGGCGACACGCUGAAGGACUCGUGCGAGGUGAUGGGAGUGACUGAUUGCCUCACCAAGGUUCUCGAGGCUAUCAAACUUUGGAUGCAGAAGUAUGCCGGUCAGGCUACAGCAACCUCCGUGCCCCAUUGGCAAGAGCUGGAAGCGCCCCUUUUUGCCAUGCGUGCAAUGGGGCAGAUGGUGGACAAGGAUGAAAGCAUUGUUCUGCCUCAGCUAAUGCCUUUACUCGUCCAGAUUCCCAGUCAUGAGAAGCUUCGAUUCGCUACUAUCAUGGUUCUCGGUCGAUACACGGAGUGGACUUCAGCUCACCCUGAAUACCUUGAGCCACAAUUCAACUACAUCGUAACAUCUUUUCAGACUGACUCAAAAGAGGUUGUUAGGGCUGCGGCGAUGGCAAUCAAGUACUUUUGCACCGACUGUAAACAGCUCCUGAGCGGCCAAGUGCUUCAGAUGCAGACUUUCUACGACCAAAUCCUUGACAAGCUUCCCGACAUGAGUCAAGAAGAAAUCACUGAAGGAGUUGCCAGCGUCGUAGCUGUGCAACCACCGGCUGAGAUUUACAAGCUUCUCAAGCUCUACUGCGACCCUCUUGUUCAACGCUUGAUGAACAAAGCCAACCUUGCAACUGACGACAAGGGCAAAUUGGCACUCGCAGAUCAUCUCCAACUCAUCACCACUUUCGUCCAGAUUGUAGUACCCUAUGUCGGACCUGGAGAAGACAACCCCGCUGUCAAGUACUGGCAAGAAGUGUUCCCGGUGCUUGCGACAAUUUUAGAUAACUUCCUGGGUUUUGUUCCGAUCUGCGAGAGAAUUUGUCGCUGCUGGCGCAACAUGAUUAUUUCCUACAGGACGGCUAUGACACCACUGUUGCCAGAGAUGGCUAAUAAGUUGGCCAGCGGGUUCUCCGCCUCCCGCCAAGGCGCUUUUCUCUGGGUUACCGCAGCUAUUCUCAGGGAAUUCUCUGAAGAUCGGGAACACGUGAAUCAAGAUAUCACCCAGAGCAUAUACGCCUUCUUCGAGGCCCAGACGACAACGUUUUUGAGAGUAAUGAGCGAUCUUCAACCCAGCGAACUGCCGGACGUCAUCGAGGAUUUCUUCCGACUGCUGAUCGACGCACUCCUUUAUUACCCACACAAACUGAUUCCUUCGGAGCUUCUGGGGCCCAUCUUUGAAGCUGCGGUCUAUGCUUUGACCUUGGAACAACGCGAUCCGCUCUCAGCAACUCUUCAUUUCCUUCGCGAUCUCCUCACAUACGGCGGUGAUAACCCAGCUACAUCUGAUGUUCUCCCACCUGAUGUAGCUGCUCAGAUUCGCGAAGUGGUAAGCAAAUUGCUCAACACCCAUGGCGAAAAGUUGGUGAAGCAAGUCAUGGCUGGGAUGAUGAUCACUUUCCCCCGGGAUUGCUUCGCAGAUGGUAGUGGCGUCUUGCUGGCAAUGUUUGAGCUGUUCCCAGCUCAGACGACAACAUGGGUUGACCACACUAUUCAUCUGUUGCCGCAGGGCACCAUCACACCAGUUGAGGCAAACCGACUCAUGGUCAAGAUCAAGGAGCGUCUGAGUGGCAAUGACCCAAGCGCUAUCAGACAAGUGAGAGCACUCCUCCAAGAUUUUACAAACACAUAUCGUCGGCGAUAUGUAGCCCCUAGAGAUGGGCUGGGGCAGCUAGAGGCAGCCCGCUUCCACUUCACAGGCUAA